AUGGGCUGUUUUGAUGACAACAUCCAGCUGUUGCCUAAAUCCUCACUCCCCCAUUCUUGUGUGGCUCCACAGAUACGUUCCCGUAGCAACAGCCCCAACAUGGCUGCCUGGAACGGCAAUGGUUCACAGAACUCCGUGGCCCACCUCGACCCCCUCAAGGGCACCGUCCUGAGGGACAACAUGGGGGGAGGAAAGGGGGGAGAGAGGAGGAAAGACCUGUCCAGGGAUGACCUUGUGUUCCUCCUCAGUAUAAUGGAGGGAGAGCUGCAGGCCAGAGAUGAGGUGAUCACGGUCCUGAAAGCAGAGAAGAUGGAUCUGGCUCUGUUGGAGGCCCAGUAUGGCUUUCUCACCCCAGUAGAAGUGCUCAGGGCCCUGCAGAGAGACUCACUCCAGGCCCAGGCUUCUGAGGCCCAGGAGGCCCCACAGCAGGAUGUCUACGAGAAACCCAUGGCUGAGCUGGACCGGCUGGUGGAGACUGGAAAGCAGAGCUACAGGCGGAUGCUGGAGCAGCUGCUGCAGGUGGAGUGCUCCCACAGUGACGUCCUCUGCAGGCUGGAGGAGCAGGACCAGCAGCACCGUGCCUUCCUGCAGCGCAGCAAUGACCUCACCUGUCUACUGGAGCAUGACCGCGAGAGGUCAGUGACACCCACUGACCGCAACAGGACCCGUGUUGGAAAUGCUACCUAG